UAGUAUUAAUUGAGUUUUUAUUUCUAAUUAUUUUUAAUAACCAGUAAUACUUUGCGUACGUUUCAGACGUUGAGUGUUUUCCACAAUUGUGACAAAAAUUGAUCAUUUUAUUACAUACUAUAUUAAUAUAAUUUAAAGUAUGUACAUACGCGUUCGUGUGUGAGCAAACAAUUAACGUAAUAGAGUCUUCACCAUGGUAACGAUGGUGUUUAUGUUGUACUUAAAAUGAGCAUCAUAAUUCACCACAUCAUUUGAUAUUGAACAAUAUUGAUAAAAUCAAUGACACUCGGAUCGUAGUUGUGUGCGUGACAGCUUAGCUUGUCAAAAUGCCUGCGGCUGUCAAAAAUAAUAGAAAACAUUCUCUGCUUACACACUCAACAAAUAUUAAAAGUGCAAUUUGCUUAUCAGGAUCACAUUUGAAUUUAACUUCAAGACCAGCAGGCAUGAUGUCACGAUCGACCUCUCCAGGAAGAUCAACUUCACCAAUUAAAAACAAUAAAAAACAGAGGCCAAAAUCUGCAGUGCCAACGUUGAAACAAACCAAGGGUCUUAAAUUGCAGAAAAGCAGACCACUCUCGGCGAAUCAGGCGCCAAGCAGUCUGAAAACAGGAGAAUCCUCGGAGACAUCAAGUCCAACAUACCUUCCAUCAGACGAAAUCAGUCUUUGGAUGAGCGACGAGAUGCUAAGAGCUGAAAAUAAAUCUGCUGAAUCGGCGAGCACGUCCAAAAUGAUUUCGCCUUUUUCAGAAACGCCGAGUUUAGUAGACGCGGCGGAAAAGACAAAUCCGAAACAUUUGCGGUUCGCGGAGGAAGAGGAUUUUAUUUUUUCUGUCGUGGAGCAGUUAAAGGAGCAAGUCAAGUGUGAAAUUCCGGAAGCGGAGGAAAAUGGGCAGUCAGCGGUUGCCGGCAAAAACAAGCCAAAGUCACUAAUCGAGCUGUUGGAAAUCGUGGAUGGGGAAAUUCCUAUUGAAUUCCGGAAGAAAAAUUUCACAACGAGACAGAAACCUCGACAAGUGGAGAGAAAGAAAAAAGAGGUCAAAUGCAAAAAAGAACAAGAAGUGGUAGCAGUGCAGGAUUCUAGCGAAGACCCUGCUGUCAAAGAAAAUGAAAACGAAGAUAGUGAAAAUGAAAUGGAGGAGCCACAGGAUAAUGAUGCUAAAACGCCGCAAAACGACUGCUUAAAAACAAUUUUUAAUUUCUUGGAUGAGGAGGAAAAGAAAGAGUUUCAACCUUCCAAAAUCAACCCUUUGCCUGCACUGGAGGAAACAGAAAUCGCUCCACAUAUGAAAGGCAACAAGCAAAUUCAAAUCUUGAAAGAGGCAUUGGAAGAAAAAGUGGCUCACGUCCAGCUUUUGAAAGAGAGCUUGCUGCAAACUCGUGUUGAGUCAGCAGACGCCUUGGCUGCGGCAGGCAAGGAGCACAGAAUUAUGGCUCGCAAGCAAAAAUUGGAGUACGAAAGUGCACUGAAAAAACUCCAAGACGGAAUGGAAAAGCUGUUGUCAGAUAAGAAAAUGUUAGUGGAAAAAGUCGAAGAGCUGGUGCAAAAAUUGAGGGAGGCUGAGAGCAAGCACGUGGGCGCAAUUCAGGCUCUGCAGCAAAGACAAACAGUGGAAAUAGCCAGAACAAAGCAAAUUGCUGCUGCCGCGGAAAAAGUGCGGCGAGAGAAAUGGGUUGAGAGGCAAACUGCAAGGAUAAAGGAGUUGACAGUAAAGGGGCUAGAGCCCGAGCUGACUCGACUGAACCUGCAGCACGAAAACAAAGUGGCUCAAAUUCAGGCAAGCCACUCUCGCGAACUGCAGGCUCAGGUUGAAGCAGAAGGCAAAAGGGUAGAUGAGCUGAGGAGUGCGAUGCUGAAAGAAAAGGACGAGGAGUUGGCCAGAGAGAGAACUUUGAUCAGCGAGAGAUUCGAGAGACAGAUUGCUGAGGAGAGGGCCAUGAUGGAAAUACGAUGCGAGCGACUGAAAGAGGAGGCGAACUCAGAGGCCGCUCGACUUCAGGCCAACUGGACUUCGCAAAAAGAAAUGCUGAUCGCCCAGGCUUGGCAAGAGGCACAGAGGGUGCAGGCGCUGCACGACCAGCAAAUUUUGCUUUUAGAGGAGAAGAAACAGGCUGAAAUCACCGCGGCCAAAGAGGAGCUGCGAGAGGAGCAGGCAGCUUGGUUGACAGCUCAAAAUAGGAAAAAUGCAGAGUUGCUAGCAGCUAAACAACAAGAGUUGAAAGAGCAGAGGGACAAAGAAAUUGAGCGAGCAAUAGAGAGGCUGGAGGCGGAAGAACGGCGGAGCAAAGCCGAGCAAGAGAAGGAGACGGAAAAGAAAAUACAGCGCCUCAGAGACCAGCAAAGGGCAAUGUUGGCAGACCGAGACUUGAACGAGAAAUUGCUUCAAGCGAGACUGGCAGAGGCUCAAAAGGGAUUGGAAGAGUCGGAAAAGCAACUGCUGGCGGCAAAAGCGAAUGAAAGUCGCCUGAAGCAGGAAUUAUGCAUUAGCGAGCAAAGAGUUCAGGCGCUGGAAGGCGAGCAUUCCAGGAUAAGAGACAUCGUCGAAAAGCAAUACGCAAAACAAGUGGCCGAUUUGGAGAUGAAAAUAUCGGAAAUGAAAGUUAACCGAGACGCAGAAUUGGAACAAGUGCACACCAGGUUGAAGGGCGUGCUGGAGAAAAAAGAUCAGUGCAUUGAACAAAUGAAAGCUCAAGAAUCUGACUUGGCAAAGCGUUGCAAACACUUGGAAACACUUCUGGGACGCUGAAAUUUUUGUAAAAAUACUUCUUCAUUUGGUAAAUAAUUUUUAUUGCUAUUUGAAUAAAUUAUAAAUUAAGAUAUUUGAAAAUCUUU